UUUGCAAGUUUUUUGGAUUUUCAAAGAUGGCAUGGAGGCAAAUAUUAUUCGGCACAAGAGCUAUUUUGGAACCAUAUUCAACAACCGGGUCUGCCAAAUUCUCCACCAAAUCAAACCCAUACCUAGUGAAGGUUGGAAUACCAGAGUUUCUGAAUGGAAUUGGCAAUGGUGUGGAAUCCCAUGUGUCCAAGCUUGAAUCUGAGAUUGGUGACUUCCAAAAGCUGCUUGUCACUCGUACUCUCAAGCUGAAGAAACUUGGCAUCCCUUGCAAACACAGGAAGCUGAUCUUGAAAUACACCCACAAGUAUAGACUGGGACUCUGGAGGCCUCGAGCUCAAGCGGUCAAAUCCUAGUUAGGUUAGGAGUGGUGUGACAUCUACACGAAGAUUUUUUCUGCUGCAAGAUGUUACUGGCAGACACUUUAUGUAUGGAGCUGUGAAAGAAGAGAGUUUGUGCUGUCAAGAUAUUCUAGUCUUUCUUCACCCUUAUUUAAAGUUUCAUGAGAAAAUUUAUUGAGCAAUCUACCUUUGGUAAUUUCA